GAAAAGCGGUUUAUACACGGAAGCAAAACCUUGACGUAGACUUUACAACCUGUCCGCUUUCGUUUGUCUCUUUGGAUUGAGUUGAGAGGACUGGACAGAUUAGAUUAUACAGAUUUGGUUUACAUUUCGCCGGCUGGUGGACGCAGCGGACACGAUGCGGACGGCUUUGUUGUCACUUUGCAUUUUAAUGCUCUGCGUGUUGGCCGCAGGGGCUCCACCAGGUGAUCAACCUGGUGACCCGGACAAAGACCCAAAGGCAGCAAACACGCCGGGAAAACAGGAUCCACCUGGUGACCCGGACAAAGACCCAAAGGCAGCAAACACGCCGGGAAAACAGGAUCCACCUGGUGACCCGGACAAAAACCCAAAGGCAGCAAACACGCCGGGAAAACAGGAUCCACCUGGUGACCCGGAUAAAGCCCCAAAGGCAGCAAACACGCCGGGAAAACAGGAUCCACCUGGUGACCCGGAUAAAGCCCCAAAGGCAGCAAACACGCGGAAAACAGGAUCCACCUGGAUCCACCUGGUGACCCGGAUAAAGCCCCAAAGGCAGCAAACACGCCGGGAAAACAGGAUCCACCUGCCCGGACAAAACCCAAAGGCAGCAAACACGCCGGGAAAACAGGAUCCACCUGGUGACCCGGACAAAGACCCAAAGGCAGCAAAUACGCAGGGAAAACAGGAUCCACCUGGUGACCCGGAUAAAGCCCCAAAGGCAGCAAACACGCCGGGAAAACAGGAUCCACCUGGUGACCCGGAUAAAGCCCCAAAGGCAGCAAACACGCCGGGAAAACAGGAUCCACCUGGUGACCCGGACAAAAACCCAAAGGCAGCAAACACGCCGGGAAAACAGGAUCCACCUGGUGACCCGGACAAAGACCCAAAGGCAGCAAAUACGCAGGGAAAACAGGAUCCACCUGGUGACCCGGAUAAAGACCCAAAGGCAGCAAACACGCAGGGAAAACAGGAUCCACCUGGUGACCCGGAUAAAGACCCAAAGGCAGCAAACACGCCAGGAAAACAGGAUCCACCUGGUGACCCGGAUAAAGACCCAAAGGCAGCAAACACGCAGGGAAAACAGGAUCCACCUGGUGACCCGGAUAAAGACCCAAAGGCAGCAAACACGCAGGGAAAACAGGAUCCACCUGGUGACCCGGAUAAAGACCCAAAGGCAGCAAACACGCAGGGAAAACAGGAUCCACCUGGUGACUCGGAUAAAGACCCAAAUGCAGACCCAAAUGGUGAAUCCGAUAACACAGAUGAUUUAGCUGGCGAAUUGGAUAACCCAGACGAUUCACUUGAUGAAUUGGACAAUAAAGACACAAAUGGAGAAAAGACGCAGGGAAAGCACCCUUCAGGUAGUCAAUUUGACAAAACAAUGGAUUCAAGAGAGAUGGAGGGGGAAAACAGUCAUUUCUUUGCCUACCUCGUCACUGGAGCUGUGCUGGUGGCUGUUCUCUACAUCGCUAUACACAACAAGCGCAAGAUUAUCGCCUUCGCUUUGGAAGGGAAGAAUUCCAGAUCCACACGUCGACCUAAAUCUUCAAAUUACCAGAAGCUGGAACAGAAUAUGUGAUCCAAAGUUGCCCACAGACGCUCAGGAGAAAACGGCUUUAGUAGACUGCGAGUGGAUACAAAUCAUGGAUCUGCACUAAAACUAAAUGACCUGUUAAAUGGACAUUCUUCUAUUCUUGACUUCUCAAUGUUGCAUGACUAUGCAGAUGACACUGAUGCCUUAUUGGGAAAGGGAGGGAGGUGGAGGGGACUCAGAUAGAGGGAAGUAAAUAAAGGACGUUAUGUGAAACAGGCUUUCAGUAUUUUGCAAUCUAGGUUGCUGAAGGUCCUCACUCGGGAUGUAAAUCAGUCGUCUGCACUUCCGUCUUAUGAUACUGGACAGAUUUCAACAUGCACCUGAGGAAGUUGUCAAUGUAAUGUUUCUGUUUAAAUGCCUUUAUUUGCGCUGUUUCUUUACACAGUCUGUUUUGGAACCACUGUUGAAAUCUUGUCGGUCCAAUCAUCGUAUGCUUGGGCAAUGGUGACAUUUUGCUGUUUUGGGUGUGUGUUUGUUUUUGUCUCAACUUUCAUACCACUUGAUGGGUUGGAUCUGUUGUCCACAAUAUACUUUUUCUACCUUCAAUUGCAUUUAUGGGGUUGAAUUUGUCUGCAGUCCUUGUUUUGGUUCUUUCAGGAAAAAUAUUGCUCUGUACACAUAACAUGACCACUAAAAUAAGGAGUUUGUUCUUUCCCCUUGAAUGAAGUUGUUUUUGUAUUUAGAAAAAAAAAGCCAUACCUGUGCCAAAUUAUUUAAGGAAGUAUUGUGAUUUAUUGUGCUGCUGUCUUUUUUUUUCCCCUUUACCUCGUAUUUUCAGUAAUCUUUUUUUUCUAGCAAGUUUUGGUGAAAGAGAAAAUAAUCUGCUGCUUCCUGGAAGCCAUGUUUGUAGUAUGCCAAACAGUUCAUCUUUUUGGUCCUCUGAGUUAAGUGUCACAAUAGUUUCAGAAGGAAUUGUAUAGACAUUCUGCUGUUUUACUUCAUAUCAAAUAUGAACAGCUGACUGCUUCUAUUAAAAAGCUAUUUGCUAACUUUCUUCUGUCACUUUUUUUCCCUUAGCACCUCUCUAAUUUAAUCCCUGCUAUCCGCAAACAGGCAUGGGUUAAAAGGGCAAAAAAUUGCUAAAUUACAUUAUCAUUCCAGGACAGAAAAGGAUGCUUCUUAAUGUCUCUGGUUAAAGCUGAUAUGCACAGCAUGACUCUCAACUGGAUGGAUAAAACAUUUUAUUAUAAAACCGCUCUAGUUUUAAAAAGUGCCCUCAACUAUAACAAGACUUCAUGCUAGUUGCUUUAUUUAACAGACACAGUACCUUGCAGAAGUACUCCCACAUCCUGAACUUCUCGAUAUUUUCUCAAAUUUGCAACCUUAAAGUAUUUUAUUGAUAUUUUAUGAGGUACACCAAAACAAAGUAACAACUUUUUAAGAGUUCAAAGCUGGCAAAUACAGCAUUCCACUGAAGCUGAUCCCACCUUUCGCUCUGACAGCAGUUUUCCGGUCCUCCCACAGAUCGUACAUCUAGAUUCUGACUGAAAGUUCUGACACAUGAUGAUGCUUUGAUCUGAAGCUUCCUGUUGUUUGAGGUGAACCUCAGCAAGUCUUUUGCAGUCUUGACACUGAUGUCCAAACUCCACAAAGGUCGGCAUGUAAGGGCGGGCAUUUAUCCUAUUGUCCUGAAGUGAAGUGAUUACUUAUGCUAAUUAUUCAAUAAAUAAAUUUGAAAACUUGA